AUGACAGGACCCACUCGUCGCGGAAAAGUCACCGAUAAAAUCACCAAGAAGACGAAAGAUACAUCGGUGAUGGAAAAGGAGGCGAGCCAAGAAAAGAAAGGACCACCCGCAAAAGGGCCAGCUAAAGAGGAUAAAGGACCGCGCGUCAAGCCAUCAACGAUCCCGAUGAAUCGCGAAAGUCAAGUGCAUCACGUGUCCGCCGAGCCAACCGAAGAUGCCACACGACAAGAAAAAUACAAGAUGACCCAUCGACUGAAAAAGCUGAGGUUGACCAACACGAAGGUUAAAUCCGGCCGGCUAACAUCGGAAAUCGAGUCAGCCAUCGACAAAUUCAUCGACCAUGCUAAAGAAGCCGGAGUGGAGGGAGUGCGCAAAGAAUUCAACUCCAACAAAACCUACGUCCCGUACGACUACAUAUUUGAAGCAUUUACGAAAAAUAAAGACAAAAAUCGAUUCCCGGACGUAGUUUGCCUCGAUGGAACGCGCGUGGUGCUGAAGUGCGACUACGGAAAUUACAUUGCGGCCGAUGGGGACUACGUGAAUGCCAAUUGGAUCGAACUUGAACAUGUUGAUCGAAAGUACAUUGCAGCUCAAGGACCUUUACCCAACACAAUUGAGGAUUUUUGGCGAAUGGUUUUUCAGGAGGGUGUUUCCUCAAUUGUGAUGAUGUGCAAAUUUAUCGAAAACGGUCAGCCAAAAUGUGCCGAAUACUGGCCGAUGAAGCAAGGCGACUAUAAGAACUAUGGGAAAAUGUUCAUCAACAACAAGAAGGAAGAAAAGGGCGGAGGCGAGAAGUUCGACACGUACACGCUAGAGGUUUUGCCUGAUGGAUGCUCGAAUUCAAUCAUCGUCAAGCUGAUCCACUGUACUUCAUGGCCCGAUCACGGCGUUCCGACUUCAGGACGAAUGAUUUUGAGGAUGCUCAAACUGGUUAAGGAUGCGCCACCGGGUCCUGUGAUUGUGCAUUGUUCGGCGGGAAUCGGACGUACGGGAACGAUCCUUGAAAUUGAAACCAUCAUCUCGCGGCUCUUCAAAGGAAUACAAACUUCGGCUAAAGAUGUGUUCAUCGAAUUGCGCAAUUCCCGUGCUUCGUGUAUCCAAACCCAAGCACAAUACCUGUUCAUCUACACCACGGUUUUGGACUACAUCAAGGCAAAAGUCCCAAGCAAGUACGCCAGUAUGGUGACCAAAUUCUAUCAAGACCUGGAGAAGCUA